GGGGGGGGGUAAAUGGCUGGAAUGGAGCCGUGUUAUCACAGGCAGUGUUAUCAAAGCCAUUCCCAGACUGUACCGAGGAGGUGGAAGAGUCUCUAAGCUGUAUUUGACCUGUAAGCACAUUUUUCUAAACUACCGUUUUCUUUCCCCCUUUCCUUUUCAGACUUAACAGCCCUGAAGAAUCUUUCCCAUUAUUUUUAGCCCUCUGCAGAGAUAAGCCCCACCGUGGAAACCGUAAACCUUUAUAAAAGGGAUGUGGUGCGAAUUCCAUGGAGUGUAAUUUCGUGUGUGAGUUAUAUUUGAAAAGUCUCGUUGGAGCGUUUUCAGAAAGACGGCUAGUAGAUUAGUAGUACAUUAAGUAUAGUCAGUUCUGUUGGCACACUAUUUUGUUAGGCAUUUUUGAUAACAAAAGCUAUCUUUUCAGAUUCAUAACAAAAGGGCCCCUAAGUGAAGAGCAGCUUAAUUUUUCUCAUGUAGUGUAAAAAAGUGUACGUUGUGAAGUUUUAUGGUUAACAAGUUUAUGGGGAAAAUACUGUCCAUUGACCAGUGGUAGAGUUAGAAGUGGAAAUUUAAGUAUUUAAGAUAAAGAGUAAGUUUGUGAGUUUUCAGCAAAAUUCACUCGUCACAUAUACUAUACCAGGCUUCAGAUGUUGCCUUCUCCCACAGUUAACCGAAACUAAUAUGAUCCACUCUUAAUACUCUAUGGAAGCUAUGGAAGUUUUAUGUGAUGCUAAGUGUAGGAGACAGUAAUGACUUGUGGUAGCUAGAAUAAAAUGAGGAUGCCCUGUUAAAGUGUUUAUGAGGGUCUAAAGCCUGCGAGCUGACUUUUGUGGCAUAAUCAGUACUUGGCUUCAUACACAGGCUUCAUUGCUUAUCAUCAAAAGCAAAUUAAAGGCAUACUUUAUAUGUUUUAUAGUUGCUUAAUUUUUUUGAGAAUGUGAACUUUUUUGAAAAAAAUUUAAUGCUUUCAGAAAUUCAUAAACGUUUUCAGUAGGUUAGUGAUUUUUAUCAGAUUUUGAGUAAAAGGUUUUUAAUAUAAUCUCGUAGAGUACUAAGUAGUAUAUUGGUCAUUUAGGAGAGAUUCAUCUACAUAGGAUGAAGGUGUAGUGAAUUAUAGGUAAGUAGGAGUUUAUUAUUUGAUUCCUUUUAGUGGUCAGAAUCCACUUUAGUGUGGAGAUGAGAAAUUUGACAUAGAAGUAUUUAGUUAUCUGAAAGCACUGUUACCUACUUAUGCACAAAACGGCCUCCCAAAGUUAUCCGAGGGUCCCACAUAUCAACUAGGUGUAUAAUGGAAGAUAGUGCCAUCUUGUCAGAUUGGACAGAAGACAAGCAAAAAAUGAAGUAUGACUUUUCCUGUGAGCUGUACCGCAUGUCCACAUACUCGACUUUCCCCACCGGGGUUCCUGUCUCAGAAAGGAGUCUCGCCCGGGCUGGCUUCUAUUACACCGGGGUGAAGGACAAGGUCAAGUGCUUCUGCUGUGGCCUGAUGCUGGACAACUGGAAGCCAGGGGACAGUCCUGCGGGAAAGCACAAACAGCUGUACCCCAGCUGCAGCUUUGCUCAGAGCCUGACUUCAGCUAGUCUGCAGCAGUCUCCCUCCAAGAAGGCCUCUCCAGCGAGAAAUGCUCCUGCACAUUCCUUGUCCCCUCCUCUGGAACACAGCAGCCUCUUGAGCACUUCCUACUCCAGCCUCGCGCCAAACCCUCUUCGCUCUAGAGCAGUGGAAGACUUCUCUUCAUUGAGGACAAACCUCUGCAGUUACGCCAUGAGCACUGAAGGAGCCAGAGUUGUCACUUACAAUGGGUGGCCCUUGAGCUUUUUGUCGCCAUUAGAACUGGCAAGAGCUGGCUUUUAUUACAUAGGACCUGGAGACAGGGUGGCCUGUUUUGCCUGUGGUGGAAAGCUGAGUAACUGGGAGCCGAAGGAUGAUGCCAUGUCAGAACAUCGGAGGCAUUUUCCCCACUGUCCGUUUUUGGAAAAUUCCCUGGAAACCCUGAGGCUCAGUAUUUCAAAUCUGAGCAUGCAGACACAUGCAGCUCGAAUGCGAACAUUUAUGUACUGGCCACCCAGUGCUCCAGUUCAGCCCGAGCAGCUCGCAAGUGCUGGUUUCUAUUACGUGGAUCGCAAUGAUGAUGUCAAAUGCUUUUGUUGUGACGGUGGCUUGAGGUGUUGGGAAUCUGGAGAUGAUCCGUGGGUAGAACAUGCCAAAUGGUUUCCAAGGUGUGAGUUCUUGAUAUGUAUGAAAGGUCAGGAGUUUGUUGAUGAGAUUCAAGCAAGAUAUCCUCAUCUUCUUGAACAGUUGUUGUCAACUUCAGACACUGCUGGGGAAGAAAAUGCUGAUCCACUAAUUGUUCGUUUUGGACCCGGAGAAAGUUCUUCAGAAGAUGCAGUCAUGAUGGACACGCCAGUGGUGAAAGCUGCUCUAGAGAUGGGCUUUAGCAGAAGCCUGGUGAGACAGACCGUUCAGAGUAGAAUCCUCACCACGGGGGAGAACUACAAAACAGUUAAUGAUAUUGUGUCAGCACUUCUUAAUGCGGAAGAUGAAAGAAGAGAAGAAGAGAAGGAAAGACAAGCGGAAGAGAUAGCAUCAGAUGACUUGUCAUUGAUUCGGAAGAAUAGAAUGGCUCUGUUCCAACAAUUGACAUGUGUCCUUCCUAUCCUGGAUAAUCUUUUAAAGGCCAAAGUAAUUAAUAAGCAGGAACAUGAUAUUAUUAAACAGAAAACACAGAUACCCUUACAAGCAAGAGAACUGAUUGAUACUAUUUUAGUUAAAGGAAAUGCUGCAGCCAACAUCUUCAAAAACUGUCUACAAGAAAUUGACUCUGCAUUGUAUGAGAACUUAUUUGUGGCAAAGAAUAUGAAGUAUAUUCCCACAGAAGAUGUUUCAGGUCUGUCACUGGAAGAGCAGCUGCGGAGACUGCAGGAGGAGCGCACUUGUAAAGUGUGCAUGGACAGAGAGGUCUCUGUCGUCUUCAUCCCCUGUGGCCACCUGGUGGUGUGCCAGCAGUGUGCGCCUUCUCUAAGGAAGUGCCCCAUCUGCAGGGGGGUAAUCAAGGGCACUGUUCGGACAUUUCUCUCAUAAGGAAAAGUAGCCUGCAUGGAGUGUUGACUUUGGAAGCUGUCUGAAACAAGGAAUCCCUGGUUCUUCAGUUGGUGACAUUUUGCUCUACUGCUUUCAUAAUCUUGUUUUAUAAAAGUCAGUAUUGCCUACUUCAUCUGUCUGUGUAGCUGCAAGGGAUGAUUGGUAUCUGAUGAGCCAAGUUAGUAGUGCGUGUGGCUGUAGGAAGUACUGAAGGAGCGGCCGGGCCUGGGGGGCCGACCGCCUGCCCUGGGUGUUCCCCGUCAACUCUGAGAACUCCAGGUCAGGGGUUGUACCAAAUGCUGUUUGGUGCUUUUUAUUAUGGAAAAUAGGAUUUUCCUGUUAUUGGUGAGUAAGAUCUCUCCUAGUUUGUGAGACACAUUUUAAUAAAGUGCUUUAUAAAACGCUUG